AUACUGCACUCUGAACAAGAUACACAGUCAAGCUUAUCUCAACAUGCGCUACUCCCUUGUCUCCAUCCUCGCCCUCACCGUCCUCCCCUCUGUCUUCGCCGAAUCCUGCCUCAAUGGCGGCGGAACGUGUAUGACGUCUUCGAAGUGCCUGAAAGAGAAGUUCGGUAGCGUCUCGACUGGUUUGUGCUCUGGUGGAGCGGACAACCGGUGCUGCGAUCUCAAGGGCAACUAUCAGUGCGGUACGGGCGGAAAAGGACGCUGCAAGUAUACGUCGGAGGGCUGCAAGGGAACCUGGCAGAGCGGAUUUUGUCCGUUUGGCAGUGAUUUCAAGUGUUGUAAUUGAGUGGCUGAAAGAUCAAAGUGCUCGGAAAAUCAUUUACGUAUGGAGAACGAUGCGGCCAGUCUCAGUAUAUAAAGCAGACAAAAUUGGGCAAUGUUCAAGGGUAUCCAACAUACGCCC